CGUAAAGCAGGAAGCACUGCAGUAAUGUGUACGAGCUAAUCUGUCCUGCUGCUGUUUACCUACAGGUGAGGUGAGCCCGCAGGAGAAGCUACAUGGAGGCUAACUAACCCAGGACCAGGACCCAUCGGUGCUCAGCCUACAGAGGAACUGCGGUACAUUAGCGCCAGGAUGCCAGCCGGAGUGUGUGGCUGCUGCGGGCCGCUGAGGCCGAGGUACAAACGCCUGGUGGACAACAUCUUCCCUGAGGAUCCAAAAGAUGGCCUCAGCAAAUCUGACAUGGAGAAGCUGACCUUCUACGCCGUGUCGGCUCCAGAGAAACUGGACAGGAUCGGAGCUUACCUGGCCGAGAGGCUGAGCCGAGACGUGGUGCGACACCGCUACGGAAAUGUGGUGAUCGCCAUGGAGGCUCUGGACCAGCUGCUGAUGGCCUGUCACUCUCAGAGCAUCAAACCCUUCGUGGAGAGUUUCCUGCACAUGGUGGCCAAACUGCUGGAGUCCAGAGAGCCGGACCUGCAGGUGCUCGGGACCAACUCGUUUGUGAAGUUUGCCAACAUUGAGGAGGACACGCCGUCUUACCACCGCCGCUAUGACUUCUUUGUGUCCCAGUUCAGCGCCAUGUGCCACUCGACUCACGAAGAUCCUGAGACCAGAACCAGGAUCCGUGUGGCCGGGAUCAAAGGUCUGCAGGGCGUGGUGAGGAAGACGGUCAACGACGAGCUGCAGGCCAUCAUCUGGGAGCCGCAGCACAUGGACAAACUGAUCCCGUCCAUGCUGUUCAACAUGCAGGACAGCGAAGACCUGGACAGGGCGGGGCACCCCAGCACACCUUCAGGGGCGGGUCAGGAUGGCGAGGAAAACCCGGCGGCGCUGGCAGAGAGCUGCUUCAGGGAGCUGCUGGGCAGGGCGGCCUACGGCAACAUGAACAACGCCGUGCGCCCCGUGUUGGUUCACCUGGACAACCACCACCUUUGGGACCCCAAUGAGUUUGCAGUUUCCUGCUUCAGGAUCAUCAUGUACUCCAUCCAGGCUCAGCACUCCCACCACGUCAUCCAGCAGGUUCUGAAUCACCUCGACACGCACAACAGGAACACACCGCGGGUCAGAGCCGGCAUCGUCCAGGUCCUCCUGGAGACGGUGGCCAUCGCCGCCAAAGGCUCAGUGGGUCCCACAGUGCUGGAGGUGUUCAACACUCUGCUCAAACACCUGAGGAUGAGCGUGGACUUUGAGCUGGGCGAGAGCUCAAGGAGAAACUCCGGCACCAGCGUUUCGUCCGGCCGCGGCAAAGAGAGCGAGGAGCGAAUCGUCCAGAACGCCAUCAUCCAGACCAUCGGCUUUUUCGGUGGAAACCUGCCAGACUACCAGCGAGCUGAAGUCAUGAUGUUCGUCAUGGGCAAGGUGCCGGUGUACGGGACCCCCUGCCACACCUUGGACACCGUCAAGAUUGGGCAUCAGGGGACCAAGCGGAUCCAGACGAUGCUGCUCAGCUCUCUCAUCAUGGUGACCUCUGGCUUCAAGUCCAAGUCCAUGUCCACCGCGUUGCCUCCUCCCUUCCUGGAUCCGCUCUUCUCCAUCUCUCUGAUGGAGGACAGCGAGCUGCGGCAGCUGGUGCUGGAGAUCCUGCACAACAUCAUCGAUCGCCAUGACAACCGCGCCAAGCUACGCGGCAUCAGAAUCAUUCCAAAUGUUGCAGCGCUGAAGAUUAAAAGAGAGAAGAUUUCCAAGCAGGAUGUUGCGUUCAUGAAGAAGCACGGCCAGCAGCUCUACCGUCACAUCUAUCUGGGCUGCAAAGAGGACGAUAACGUCCAUAAAAACUUUGAGCUGCUCUUCACCACGCUGGCUGUCCUCACCAUCGAGCUGGCCAACGAGGACGUGGUCAUCGACCUCAUUCGACUCUCCAUCGCUCUACAGGACAUGGCACUUUCUAACGAGGAGAACAUGCCGAUGUUUAUUCGUUGCGGCAUCAUGGCGCUGGUGGCGGCGUACCUCAACUUCCUGAGCCAGAUGAUCGCCAACCCUCCUUUCUGUCAGCACGUCAGCAAGGUUAUUGAGCUGAGGAACAUGGAAGCUCCCUACCUUCUUCCAGAGCACAUCUUCAGAGACAAGUGUCCAAUCCCUGAAACUCUGAACAAGGAGGACCGGCAGCUGUACUUCCAGACAGCGGAUAUGGCCGAGUGUCUGGCUGGACCGGGAUACAACGCAGAGAGACUCUCCAUCCCGUACGUUCCUCAGGUCACAGAUGAAGAUCGUCUAACCAGGAGGAAGAGUUUCGUGGACACAAUCUCCCUUCAGGUGGACAUCAUGUCCAACAACCUUCCAGACAAGUCCCAGCUGGCCGAGGAGAUCACGUUUGAGACCCUGAAGAAAGCCAUCGACACGACGGGUCUGGAGGAGCAGGAGAGGGAGAAGAGGCGUCAGGUGAUGGAGAAAUUCCAGAAAGCUCCGUUUGAGGAGAUCGCUGCCCACUGCGAGUCCAAGGCGAACAUGCUGCACGACCGGCUGGCACAAAUAUUUGAACUUACAAUUAGGCCUCCACCCAGCCCGUCCGGAGUGGUUUCCAUCUCAUCGGGACACACUCAGCACCAGUCCGUCCCCGUCUACGAGAUGAAGUUCCCAGACCUGUGUGUCUACUAAACACACACACACACACACACACACACAAACACAUAUAUAUCCACAAUAUAGCUGAAAUUAUAAAUGCUAAGAAAGAGCUACACAAUCACAAUCUGUUUUCCAGUUUCCUGUAUUCAGACCAGCACAAAGGUGUCACACAAGAUGCAGCAAAACAACCAUUUUCAAUUAUACAUGAAGACUUAAAAAAAACAUCUCACAAAAAUCCAAACCUGAAAUCAGAGUUCGUUUGAAGCCUUGAAAGUAAAAACGGUACUUCCGAAUCAAAAAUGCCAUUUAUCUCAUAUCAAAUCUUUUGCAACAACCGUUUCUGCUGCUUUUAAACACUUUGAAUUAACUCCGCCAGCUCUGAACUGAUUUGCUGUAUUUAGUCUGACUCGCUUCCCUCAAACUGAACAAACGAGUCACCAAGAACAGAAACAAACCGACAGCUUCCACGCUGAGUUUCGGUGUUUUGGUACCGAAUCGGACGUCGCCUCCCAGCAUGCACGCGCGCGGGAAACACGUUUUAGCUGAUGGGUGCUGCCAUAAAUGUGUAGGCAAAACUAACGAGACAAAAGCAGGUGUUUUUCUUGUUUUUUUAACCAUAAGCACAUGGAUUAUGUGUUACUACAUCGAACCUCAGAGCUGCAGACCGGGAGCGCUGUAGGCGCUGAUGCGUCCUUCAUGUUUACCAGAUCAUUUAAAUGAUUAUUUUUUUAUUAGAGUUUAAAAAUGAUAAAUCUCAACAAACACUGAGCAAGUAGCACAAGGAACAAAAUUAUUACGUGUCCUUGCAAAGCGAACCCUGAGAUUUGCAAAAUUUAACCCUUUAAAACCCAAGCAAAUCAUGUCUUUAAAUAAAAAAACAGCAGGGAAAGAAGGGGACACGCAGCUUUACAAGAAACGGCUCAAAAAUGAGAAAGAAAGUUUCAAAAAAAUUACCUUGAAAUGAGCUUAAAAUAAGAAAAUCCUCAAGAAAGAGCUGAAAAAAUGAAUUUUAUUUUCCAUAACACAAUUUCAAAUAUGUAAUUAAGAAAAUUGAUCAUGAAGUUUUCUAGACAUCCCCCCCAAAUAAUUUUCAGAUAAUUUUUUGUCACCUCUUACAUUUCCUUUUUUACAGUUUGAGGGACAGUUCUUGCUGAAGUUGCUCAUUACUGUUUUUAAAAGGAAUUAAACCAAUUUAAGAGGUUUAAAUACUGAUGAAAGACUGUCCAUGCUGGUGUUAAAGGGUUAAACACCUUUGAUUAUUAAAUGUGGUUCAAAAUUUAAAACAAAUGCUCAGAUAUCACACGAGUUAAAAAUAGCCAAAUAUUUUCGGAGUGAUGUUUCCCGCGGCCGUGCCCGCAGACGCCUCUGAUCCGGUAUCACCUUUUGGUCAAAGCUUCUUGUACAUACUCGUAGUCUAAAAUUAAACUCGCACAGACGGCUAAAACCAGCUUAGGGCUUAAAAUUGAGUCCGGUUUCAGCCGUGACGCUCCGUCUCCAGAGCCGGCUUCUGCCUUGUAACAAAUCUCUGUCGUGAUGCGUAGGCGUCGGUGCAGCCGCUAAUAGGUAGAAACGUCUCAGUAGAUUAGCUGUCGAGUAGAAACGCAGCCGUAACUCCGCUGGUGGUAGAAGGCAGAUUAGUUUUAGGCUCUCCGCUGUUCCAGCCCGCUCAGUCGAAUCAGUCCUCACUGCUCAGCCUUCGCUUUUUUAAAAGACAGAUAAGAGAUGAAGUGAAAGCUGCGCUGAAAUGGUUAACUGCUCGGCGGAGACUCUCGGGACGAGCCAGAGAGAGUUUUCGGGUGGAGAAACGGCUCGCUCGUGGUUGGUGAUUUCGUGUUUGCGUCAGAGCUUUUGGAAAUGUCGAAUAUUUGGAGUGAAAUGUUGGAAAGCUGCAGGAGUAAGAAACCAGACCACAGCGGUGUUUUUUUACAGAGACUGGUCUGUUUGUUUCAGGUGAAGUUUGACGGUGAGCUGAUGCCAGACGAUGAUGUUUCAGAUUUACAAAAAUGCUGCAUUUGGCAAAGAAAAUCUCACAGCAGUCGGCGUUUAUUUGCCAGUUUUUGCUAAUCUGUUCAUACUUUAAAACCCAAAAGCAAUAUUUAGAUAAAGUCUCAGUGAAGCGGCUCUGAGAGACGUCUGGACUGUCAGUUUAGCAGCUGUGAGGUCAGAAGGUCUUCCUCUAAACUGAACCAGUUAAACGUUAAAAUAUUAGAAACACAGAGUGAGCACCAAACUACAAAUGCAAUAAACUAAAAUACUGCAACUGCAUUAGAGGACAAUUCAUCUUUUAUUGGAGAUAAAUUAACAAACGAAAAGAUUUUUUCUGCUCAUCAUCUGAAAAACAUUUUGAGAAUUAUUAACUCUUCGUUCAAGCGUUAAGUUGUGAGUCUCUUUACGAUGUGCAAAGAGGAAGAUAUUUGAUUUUUUCCAGCUGACGCGACCUCUGAAUAUUCGAGUCGUCUUUUCACAACAGAGAAAGAAAUAUAGCAAUACAGGAGUUCCUGUUACUGCAAGUCAACUCGCUAAAUAUAAAUAUAAAUAUAAAUAUCGUUAUUGUUCAUGGAUUUAUUCUGACGGCAUGUUACGUAGAGACGACGCUGGCUGUCCAUCAGCGGCGCUGCAGCACGUUUGUUAAAUUACUGAACAAAUCAGAGACGCGAGCAGCAGUUCGGAGGUCGACGGAUAUUAGAGGUUUCAAUAAUAUUGAUACUACAGAAAUUACGUUUUAGAUUGAAGAUCUAAUCUAGCAUCAGUAGGAUCGGUAUCUGGAAGAUAUCGCCCAAGCCUAAAAUAUAUUGCUUUUAAUAAUAAAAAGUUACAGUACUAUUAUGUAGACGACUAUUCUGGACUGAUAUUAUUUGGUAUCGCAUCGAAAUCGAAAUUUGUGGCCUGGCCGGCUCCUGAAAGAUAUCAGCUGUCGGCCGAGGAUGGUUCAGUCCUGAUCUGGUCAUGCCUUAAAAUCAGCACAGAAACUCAGGCGCGUAUUUAACACGUGAAUUGUUAAAUCGGGUAUUUCAGCACUCCUAGUUUGUCAUUUUGAAUGUAACUGUAGCCGUUUGGCUCCAGAAAUCUGAAGCAGCUGCAUCGACUGUAAAAAUAACUCUUUCGCUUUGUGGCGUCCGCCAUGAUGACUUUGCUGCGUGCUCUCUGUGCACGGUCGGCAUGGUGACCGUCUCCACUUCGACCUUUGAACUCCUCACAGCUUUUUUUCGGCAGCUGACAAAGAAAACUUGUGUUGCCAAACACAGAAGUCGUUCCCUCUUUGCUCCAUAAAUUCAAAAUGUCGUAAUCUCAAAAUCUUGGCGCCGUAUUUGGAGUUUGAUUCCAAACGAAGAGAGCAGCUCGCCAGCCUCCGCCUCCAGCCUCUCUCACACAAAGCAGUGACAUUUUGGAGGGUUUAAUCAUCCGUGCUUUUUCGACAGUUACCACAAGGACACGUUUUGUCUGCUGAAGGGGUGCAGGAGGCGGUUUUUUGGAGUGACAUCCUUCGUAUCUGGCGGAGCUGCAGCUGUGAUCAGUAAUAACAGAUGGUUAUCAGUCUUUCCUCUGAUCUGAGCUCCGUGUAGGAAGAAAAGAUCCCUCCAGCUGGAGGCAGAUACCUGCUGCCUCCGUCCGGUCUGAGCAGCUGUGGCGAGCACAUCGCCGCUUUAUUCGGGGGUGAAGGUCGGCGUUUCCUGUCACUCGCAGAUGACUCAUUUGUUUGUGUCUUCGUCCUGAAAGACUCUAGAAGUUGACGGGUUCGUGCAGAUGAGUCGUUUUGUCCGGUUGAACCUUUUCUCUCUGAGCUGCAGAGGUGCACGGUGAACGACGGAGAAAAAAGGCUGAAAAAUGAAUGAAAGGUGAAAUUGUUGGGACGUUUGUGUUGAGCUCGGCAGGAUGUGUUCUGUACGUCGUCUCGUACGUUUCAGAUGGUUUCGUACGUUAAAGGUUGUCGAUCGCAGGUUGUGUGAAAGGUUUGAGCUUCGUUUGAAAUCACCAACACGAGCCUGAAAAAUACAAACUUCAGCGUUUGAUUUGUCUCCUUCAGGAGCCAGUCUGACGGCCGAGCAGCUCCUGACCCCGUUUCCAGCUGGUGCCGACGCUCGUCUGUGAGUCUGUGAGACUUUGAUCUGGAUCAGUAAAAAUACACGUUAGAGCAGCAGGACGCUGUUUGAUCAGACCGCACGUGGAGACCAUCGCGCUCACGUUGUGAUCAGAUCUCAGCAGGCGAACAUGACGUCUGUACAAACCUUUCCAUUCCUCUGCGCUCUUUAAGGCUUUUUAUCUGCAGCACUUUAAAGGAAUAAUUCACCCACAAAAUGUUGAAAAUGAAGAUUUUUUUUUUUCUGACAUGCCUUCAUCGAUGAAUAAAAGGAGGAACUUAUAACCAAAAAACAAUGAUAUAAAAGAUCCAGGGUGGCCUUUAAUUCGUUGAGCCAGACACUCUAAAAAUACACCAACACGUAUCAGCUGGUGCCUUUUUCGGGGUGAAAUGUAGCACGAGCAGAAACACGGUGUAUUUUUAAUGCAUCUAGCUGGAAGAAUUAAAAGCCUUUUAUGCUUUUCAAACCAUCCUGAGUGUCUGGACCUGAAUCUUUUUUACCGCAGUAUUUUGGUCAUAAGUUUAUCGUUUUUUUGAAGUAUUCCCUUCUGUGAGAAGCUGUGGUUUGAAGGACAACAGAGGCGCUCCUGCCGCCUCGCUUUUUCAGAUUUUUGAAUCGUCAAUUUUGUUUAUGUAGCACAUUAAAUUACACAUAAACCCAACAGUUAUAAGAAAAUAACAUGCAGCAUGUAAAAACAGAAGUUACAUCAUUUGCAUGUUUUAAUUGCAGUAAAACGAGGGUCGUGUGUUUAAAAUAACAGUAAAACAUCAGUUUGAAGUCUUAUUUAUUCUUAUGAUCAGUACUUUACAAACACAUGCGUCUUUGCUAAAACCUUAAUAUUUAAAACUAUUUAACAGCAUAAACAGUCUUAAAUGCGUCGUGCCCGUAGGCAGCUCAGUGAGCAGGAGCUCACACACACACACACACACACACACACACACGCACACACUCUCACACACUCGUCCUUUAAAUUACAAAGUGGGUGUGAAUGUGAAGAUAUUUUGAUCCAGACGCAGAUCACAGCUCAGUACCAGGUUGAAACGGCGUCUUCUGAAUGUGAUUUUUCGGCGACUGCAGCAGUUUGAGAUGUUUGGGUUAAACCAGCUGAUGUGAGUUUUCGUUAAAAAGUUAGUUUUCUUGUGUCGUUUGUCGUGAGAAAGAGCAGAGCUCUGAGCAGAGUGGACUCAAAGACAUAAAAAAAAUCCCUUUUCCCUCUGUAUAAAAAAAUGCAUUAAAGUGAUUUUAUCGUUUGUGCAUCUCCGCGCUGCGUAACGUCUUAGCUUUAAGUGCACACUCUUAUGAUUUUACAUCAUAGCUCUACUUAAAAAACAUGCAUCAUGUGAACUAACUGCAUGAUAUCUUAGUACGACGUCGUCGACCUCUGAUGGGACGCUGCGAAAUAUAAAUCCAUCUAAACAAACUGAAUCCUAAAAUCCUAUUUUUCUCCAAACGGGUGUAAAACGAGCGAGCGCAGUGGAAACACGUCACGAUCAGAGUUUGGGGAAAAGUAGGAUUUGAGCCGGAGAUGAGGUGUUUGCUUAGAUGUGGCUGGAAUACAUGAUCACUUCCUUUAUGAAUGUGUCGUUAGAGCAGUAUAUCAUAUAUUUUUGUACAUUUUAUGCAUCAUGUAUCAUUCAAACUGUUGCCUGGUAGAGAUUUAGAGACUGGGAGAUUUAUUCUUGUCGAUCACAUUUAUCACGACAAAGACAAAAUGCUGAUCUCUUUUUAUUUUGUGAUGUUUACUUGACGGUUCAGGGUUUCAAUGGGAUUGUGCAGUUCUUAUCAACGCGGGAGAAAUGGACUCAUUUAUGAAAUGUUACUUGAUUAUUUUUUUGUAUCGUAGAAUCCAUUAUAUCAUUUCAAAUAUGCUGAAUAUUAUAUCUAUAGUCAGAUGAUGUCAGUUAUUUUUGCAUACUACAGAAGAGUGGAAUAAACCAGUGCAAAGUUUAGGUUUAUUUUUUGCCCCAGAAGUUGCAGCUUCAGCUCAGAAUCAUCAGCAAAGUUUGGAUAUAAAAUCAUUUCUCACUGAGAAGAUUGAGCUCCAGAUUCACUAAAGCUGUUCACGGUACAUUUUUUUCUUGUAGCUUUUGUAAGAUUGUAACAGACAAACUUUGUAUCGACCACAGAGCAAAACAGAAAGGUUUUCAACAUUAAUAUGAGUGCAAGCUUCAUUUUUGAUCCAGCAGCAGUAGUCUGAUGCCUUUAAUUUAAUUUAUAAUGGCAGCAUUUUGUUAUCUGAAGCCUGACGUUCACUUUAGAGCCAUUUAGGCCUUAAAAAGCGAACAAAACGUUAUGUAUAAAGCACAUUUCAUUCCAGGUGGAAGCAUAAUGUGCUGCACAAAGUUGCAGGCACAUAACAAAGCCAGCAACUCACCAUAAAGCCAAAUCAGUCUGUUAAAACUAAGAGUAAAAAUUGAUAAAAUAAUAAUUUGAUGAAGAAUAAACCAGUAAAAGAUACAGACACGUGAGUCAGAACUGAUUUUUAAAAAAGUUAAAAUUAAAUGAAAUAAUCAUAUUAAAAGUAGACCAUUAAAAGUGGACAAUACAUACAUUUAUUUAAAAAUAGAAUAAAAUAAGAUAAAGAGGCCAAUAAAAGAUAACACGAGUAAAAAAACCAAAACAAUAGAUUAACCAGUUAAAAAUGUUGAGAAAUGGGGAAAUAAAAUGAAAGAAAAUCUUGUCCCCGAAGUGUGAACUCGCAGAAAAAUCAGAUGGAUUUUUGAGGUUUAAUUCAAGUUAUUUACAAAACUUCAUGCUUUGUCUAACACAUUAUGGACUCGGUCAGCAGUUGGAGCAGCAUUGGUUGUGAAACAAAGCUUUGGAGGAAAUUAAAGUGUAACUAAACCCCUGAGCCGCUCUUUUCAGUUGUAAAGCAACGUAUAUGGGUAAUUCGUAGUGUUGUUGAUCCAACUGAGUGCAAAGUGUUAAAAUGAUAUAUAUUGUGUAUACAUUUGCAUAGUGACUGCCCUCUAAAAGAUCAAACCUGCUAUUGCAGUAGAUUUUUGCUAUUGGCUGAACCUUGUUACAGGAGGCUGCUUUCAUGUGUCUGUGAGGGGGGCAGGGAGGUGCUGUGGAUCAAGAGGUGGCAUGAUUAGGUGACUGGGCCAUUUUUGAGACAUUUUUUCACAUUCUAGGGAGGAGGCACUCAAUGCAAAAGUACAGGGUUUAAAUACUCUUUCAAUUAUGGCGAGUAGCAAUUUAUAAAAAUUUCAUGCCCAUAUUUUUUUGGUUGUGGUCCUUGAAAUUGUCUACAAUCUGAAUUUCAGAAAUAACUACAUUGACGUAACAAGUAUAUGUGUGAGAUCUAAUGGAGUGAAUCUGGACCUGAAUCUGUCCUGAGCUGCAACUUUUUAUAAAUAAUUGAUAAAUAAAGUUUAAAUUAGUUUUAAAUGUAGCUGGAUGCAGAAAGCGAUCAGUCUGUGAAUUUGUCCUCUCUGCUACUUUUGAUAAAGUAUUUAAUAGAUUGAACUCAGUCAUCUGAAUGAAAGAUGAAUUAUGAUACUGAAUAAGCAUCAGAAUGAAAUACGAUGUUGCACUUUGAUCACUGUGUACCUGGUACUAUAAGCAAAAACCAAUCAGCACAGAUUAGACUGUGGUACAACUCGAUCUUUGGAGGUAUUUUUUUUUCCUGAUGUUGAGUUUGUGAAAUGUUGUAUUCAAGAAUAACUGUGAAACUGUCUAAAGUCCCUCCUGACUGGUGACUGAAGUCUGCAUCGAGUCUUAAAAUCGAGCGGAUAAUUCAGUGACUGGGGUGAAAUAUUUCACUGCUGACCUGCCUUACUUCAACAUGCUGGACACAAAAAUGGCUUUAAAAAACAGGUGAACGUGCUUCUUCACUUUUCACGAUGGACUUUUUUCAGUUUAUCAGCUGAAUUCUGCAGAAUAAUGAACAGAAG